GGAGGAGGAGGAGGAGGGGAAGCCAGCCAGGAGGGUGAGGAGAAACCAGACAGACCGAUUUCAUUCUCCACACCCUCCUUACCAGUUGACACUGGCCAGAAACGACUGAGGAGGGAGAAGCGUUUCUUCAGGAAGAGUGUGGAGAUUUGUGAGGAGGACGAUGAGGUGGAGGUGUCCCCAGAGGCGCCCCACAGUGCCCCUCACCUGGAGCUGCGCUCCUCAGACACAGUUUUCACCAGCAGUGCCCAGCAGCAAGGGGCUGCUUCAUCCUGUGCUGCUAUGGGUCAUGACCCAUCCUUCCCCAUCUCCAGCCAGGAGCCAGGCAAGGAUGCAUCUUCCUCUGCAACUGCCCAGAGGGGGAAGGAGAGGGACCGUGAGCAGGAGGAGGAGGCCGAGAUGAAGGCUGUGGCAACCUCCCCUGGAGGCAGGUUCCUCAAGUUUGACAUUGAAUUGGGCAGAGGAGCCUUUAAGACUGUGUAUAAAGGCCUGGACACAGAGACAUGGGUGGAGGUGGCUUGGUGUGAACUUCAGAGAUCUGCUUAG